AUGACCGCACUGCCCGAGCUGCUCGUCCCGCCAACUCCUCACGGGCGCUCUCCCCGCCCGACUCGCAAGAUCUAUGCUGAGGAAGACAUGCCGCACUGGCUCGCCAGCGAGGCUUACGCCAACGUCGAGGCAUUCAUCGCGAGGUUGAGGGCCGCAAGCUCGCACGAGGCGCCGCACUCGCAGAGCCAGAACGCCGGACUCGUCCUCGACUUGCUCAAACAGCUCUCUGCGUCCCUCACAGCCGAGCAGAACGGCAGCGGGGUCGAGCGAGAGUCGAACCUUGGCUUCCAGCGCUGGCUCGACCGCGCAGAAGAGACUGCCAACCUCGUCCACGCCGACCUCGUCGACUCGUCGCUCUCGUCCGCCCUCCCCGAGCUUCGCUUCCAGUUCCGCUCGUCGUUCGGAUCUCCACAACGCCUCGAUUACGGAACCGGCCACGAGCUGUCCUUCCUCGCCUACCUCCUCAUUCUCCGCCUCUCGGGCGUCAUCAGCGCCGAGGACGAGCCCGCCAUCGCCAAGCUCGUUUUCCCCGCCUACUUUGACCUCAUGAAGCAGGUCGUCAAGGCGUUCAGGCUGCGCGAGGCGGCCAAGAUGGGAAUCUGGGGAGUCGAGAACGGUCACCUCGUCUACGAAUGGGGCGCGUCGCAGAAGCGCAUCCACCCCUCGAAGCGCCCCGUCUCGCUCCUCUCGACUCCCUCGCUCAGCCCGCAACAUAUUUCCUACCUCUUCCUCACGACCCUUCUCCACAUCAACGCCGGCUCGACCUCCCCCGCCACGUCGAACGGCGACGAGCCCGACGGCCUCUGGCGCCUCUACCGCGCCGAAGUCCUCCACCGCCUCCCCGUCAUCCAGCACCUUCACUUCGGACCUUUCUUCCGCUGGAUCCGUGCGGGAACCGCCGAGGUCCUCCCGAGCUCGGGCGACGGGCUCGACGACGAGGAGAAGAAGCAGUUGGACGAGAUGCUCAAUCAGCGCGUCACGAGCGAGGGAACCGUCGCGCCUUGGGCACUCCCCUCCCUCUCGGGUGAGAAGACCCCCUCCGAGAUCCUCGGACGCCUCCCGUCGCCCGCUCGUACGCCGCCGCGCUCUGCCUCGCCCGAAGAACAGCGGCGCGACUCCCCGCCUUCGCCAAGCUCGAGGACCAGCCCGAUCCCGAGACCGUAUAGCGAGUCGCCGGGUGGCGCGGCGCUCGGGAGGAGGAGGAUGUCGAGGUUGAGCAUCAGCGAGUCGUUGGAUGAGGACGAGAGGGAUGAGAGGGAGUAG